CGGGCAACAAAACACUGCUCUCUUCCUCCACUCCUCCGGACACAGAGUAAAUUCGAACAUCCAGGACGGUUUCCACGAGAACAAAAACACAGAGAGUGGAUUCGUCACCGGAAUCGACGCCACGGAACGAUGUGGAAGCUGUCGUGAUAUGGAACUGUGAUAAUUAGUGCUAUCUAUUCGGAUGAACAGCGUCUGACCGACUGUAGAUACUUCACGAAUUCCCGCUAUGUCUUUGGAACAGACAGCUUGUGAAGACUUGAAAGCUUUUGAGCGACGUCUCACUGAAAUCGUCCAAUUCCUGCAGCCGCCGACGACGCAAUGGCGGGUAGCGCUGGCUGGAGUUUUCAUUUGCGCUCUGUUCGGUGCGUAUAAGUGGGUCUUCGACCCUGAAACGUCGCGGGUAUCCCUCUCGGAAUCGCUUUGGAUCCAUUGGUUCUUCUCGCUGUCCGUGGCACUUUUGCUAAUUCUUUUCGCUUGCGGUGUACAUCGACGGGUCGUCAUGCCACAAAUCAUCAUUCAGAGAGCCCGGACGGUCCUCUCUGAGUUCAACCUCAACUGCGACGACAACGGUCGCCUCAUUCUGAAGCCGAGGCCUCAACAGUGACUGGACACUUAUCGAACGGUCUGCGCCUCGAGAAGCUUCGUCCUCUUCGAUCCGGAGCGGAUUUCGACCGAAGCCCAAUAUGGAUGACCGACGCGAGUAAUUGUUUUUUGGGGAAAUGCGCGGAAACAGACAAAGUCACCGCGGCUCCCUGAGCAGGAUGUCGCUCGCCCCGAUGUGCAGAUGAAGCGUUUCGCAGAUCAUAAGCAGAAGAUUUUGCACAAAGAUUUAAGAUAAUAAUAUACCUAUAGAGAGAACUCACACGAUUUCAGGAUUUCCUUUAUCAUCUCAAUAGGAAAUUCAAGAAAUGAUGAAUAAAGUGAGUUUUUGUUCCGAA